ACCAAGUUAAAGCUAUGUCUCACUCAAUUGUUUUGUGAACUUAAGGAACAGAGGAAACAGUUUUCUUUGGACACAUUCGACCUGCUGACCGAGGUUUUUAGGAUGUCCGGUUAGUUUCGUCCCCCCCCCUCUCCCCGCCUGAAUGGUACAUCCUGAAAGUGGUCGGGUUUUCUGAGUGAACGAGGGAAUCAAUUGACAACAUYGCGGGGGAGGGAUUAUUUGUUCAGGAGAAACGCGCUCUAAGUUUCUGGUUUCUGCUCUUUUUUUUUCUAAAGUUGGGAAUGUUUCCUCAGUCUGCUGCUGGGAAAGAGCAGAGAGGGACAGUUUUCCCUGUCUACAGCUGAAGACAUGUUGUACUGGACCCUGUAUGACUGCAGAGUUAUGCUCCUGAUCGUCCUGCUGUGGGAUGGCCUCGGCGCUUUGGGAGUGAAACCCACAAGAUGGCCACUGUACUCCCAAAAGCCCCUGCUUCUGGCUUGGAAUGCCCCCACCCAGGAAUGUGGCCCGUGGCAUAAGGUGUCUUUACAACUGGACCAGUUCCAGAUAGUGGCCAGCCCAAACGAGGGCUUUGUCAGACAGAAUCUGACCAUGUUCUACAGGGACCGCUUGGGUUUUUACCCCUACUUUGAGGAGAACGAAACUCCAAAACACGGGGGUCUCCCUCAGAAGGCCAGUCUCUCAGAGCACCUGGAGAAAAUGCAACAAAGCGUUGAGAAGUACAUUCCUGACAAACAGGCGGUGGGUUUAGCGGUUAUCGACUGGGAAGAUUGGCGUCCCAUCUGGAUACGUAACUGGGGACCCAAAUUGAUUUACCGCAAGCGCUCCAUCGACUUGGUGCGCCAGAAAAACCCAACGUGGACCGAAGAACGUCUGACAAAAGUGGCCCAGCAAGAGUACGAGAUGUCUGCCAAGAAGUUCAUGCUGGACACACUCAGACACGCCAAACACCUGAGACCCAACAAGCUGUGGGGGUUUUAUCUGUUUCCUGACUGCUACAACCACAACUACCUGCACUCUCUGGUGAGCUACACGGGUCGGUGUCCCGACCCAGAGGAGGCCCGGAACGAGCAGCUGAAGUGGCUGUGGAACGAGAGCACGGCCCUCUUCCCGUCCAUCUACAUGGGCACCGUGCUGCGCUCUUCGGUCUCCGGACGUCAGUUCGUGCGGAACCGCGUGAAGGAAGGGAUGCGCCUGGCCUCGUCGGCCGAUGGGCUGGCACGUCCUGUCUUUGUCUACACCCAGCCCACCUACGCCUCCUCCCAGGAACAGCUGACAGAGACGGACCUCGUCUCCACCGUCGGGGAGAGCGUUGCUCUGGGAGCGGCGGGGAUUAUCAUGUGGGGAGACGCAGCUUAUAACAAAACCACCUGCGCCAACCUGGAUGUUUAUCUCCGGGGCACGCUGGGCCAGUACCUCCUGAACGUCUCCACGGCCGCAGAGCUGUGCAGCCAGACUSUGUGCGGCUCCCACGGCCGCUGCCUGCGCAGAAACUCCGACAGUGAYGUCUACCUCCACCUCAGCCCCCUCACCCACAGCUUCCAGCGUCAGAACGGCAAGCUGACGGUGACCGGCGAGCUCGGAGAAGAGGGCCAGGCGGCGUUUCGCGCGGACUUCCAGUGCCAGUGCUACAGCGGGUUUCUGGGGGAGGCGUGCGACGAGAAAGACCCGCUACACCAGCGAGGGGUGGCCGCUCGGGCCCGGACGUCGGCUCUGCAGCGUCUUAUCCUGCUGUUCGCCUCCGUGCUCCUCUGUUACACAUAACUGCAACCAGUUGAAGCACGAGAAGAGACAGAAUAUAGACGUUACAGAAAGUGGAACWUGAUCUUCGUUGGUAGGGUUUUUAAACAACGGAGAGCUCGCUGGAAUUCAUUCUGUUUACAUUUUCCUCUCAGUCACUGUUUCCCAAAGUGUCAAAUUUCCCUUUGUUAUGUAGAGCUGAAUCUUCUGUAGUAAGUGUGUUUGAUAAAUUGAAAAACUAACUUGGUUGUGUGGUGAAAGUGGAAACAAUGCACUUAAACCAGCACAAUAUAUUUAAAGUGCCUGGUUUUAUAUCUUUAACCUACAACAUAGUUUUUUUCUGACGUCUGUCGAUUUUUCUGCAGGCGGUUGCAGUAUUUCUAUUUAUUUGAAUGUAUUAGGUGUUUUUGUGCGUUUUUAUUUGUAUGUUUGAAUCAUGACUACUACGUUUUAACUGAACCACCAGAUGUCUACGCCAACGGCUUCAUGUUUUAGAUAUUUCACCUCACAAGCACAUUAUAAAAAGCCACUUUAGGUGUUUAUUCAUAUUCAAACACAUGCUGUUUUUUUAUACUUUUGCCUCAGUAAAUAAACUUUUGUUUUUCUGA